UGGAAGAUUCGGAACAAGUACGACAGAACAGUAGUUACCGCAUAUUACGUGUGCGUUGAUAAUAUAAUUUUUAAUUUCUAUCGGCGUAUUCAACUUUUUUCAAUAUGUCAGACUGGGACACUACUCCUAUUACUCUGCGAAAACGUCCCCCAAAAGCUUCAGUACUUAAAUCGGAACAAGCAGUGAAUGCUGCACGUCGUCAAGGUUUCGUGGUCGAAACUCAAGCAAAAUGGGGUGGAGGAACAAAUAAACAACACGUAGCAACUAAAAACACUGCUAAAUUGGAUAGAGAAACAGAAGAAUUAAAACAUGAUAAAAUUCCACUUGAUCUUGGUAAAUUAAUUCAACAGGGAAGACAAAGUAAAGGAUUAUCUCAAAAAGAUCUUGCAACAAAAGUGAAUGAAAAAGCACAAGUUAUCAAUGACUAUGAAGCAGGUCGUGGAAUACCAAAUCAAAUGGUGAUUGGCAAAAUUGAACGAGUGUUGGGAAUAAAAUUACGUGGCAAAGAUCGUGGUAAACCAUUAUCAACUCCUGGGAAUAAAAAGUGAAUUUUGUGAAGAAGAAUCUGUACUUCAUACCUUCAUAUAUUGUUCCCUACACAGAACUGCAAGAAAAAUUGUAGGAUUGAGAACAAUUCUCACACUCUUUAACUUUCGUUAUUUUAUUAUAUUCUUUAAAAUAAAAUGUUAUUUUAUUAAAUAUAUUAUUGUUUAUUAUAAAGUAAAUUGUUAUAGUAUGUCUUCAUGUAUAAAAUACAAGAAGCACACUCUUAUUUAAUUUUAAA